UGCCACUGAUCUGUGCCAUUCCCUGGUCAGGAGAGCCGAAGCUUUUCCCAAAGUGCCACCAGGUCUGUACCAUUCAGCAGUCAGGAGAGGUGAAGCUUUUCCCAAAGUGCCAGGGAGCAGCAGACAAGCAGCAGGAUUCCAGACGGGACACAUUCCACUCACCUGGAGCAGCUAUGAAUAAACUCAGGGGUGCUGCCAUGUUGGUUGUGGUGCUCUUGGUACUGCCGGCUGGGCACUGCAAAGAGAGGACAGACUCCAGAAACCUCACUGAGAAAAACCUGAUGAACAUCAUUGUGAGACUCAUUAAAGAGGUGAAAGUGUAUCGUCUGCAGGAAGGCAAUGGGAAGCAGCAUUUAGCCAGGAAAGAAGACUACAGCCUGGACGUGAGAGAAAACCCAGUCCCGGAUUAUGGAUAUUAUCCGGAUGAGCAGCGAGUGGAAAUAUUUCCGAGAGAUCUUCGGAUGAAAGACAAGUUUUUGAAGCAUCUUACAGGUAAAGGUCGACUAUCGUUCAACAGCCCGAGCUGCAAUAAGCUAUUUCGCAGACUUUACAACACUACUAAGGACUGCACCACCCCUGCACAUUAUAAAAGAUGUGCAAGACUCCUUACAAGAUUGGCAGUCAGUCCUAGGUGUAUGGAUGGAUAACAUACUAAGAUCUGAAAGAUAACCAAGAAAAAAACCAAAAAAGAAAACCCAAGAACUACGAAAAAGUGCCUUGGAAACCAACAGGGAAACAUUUGACUUGUAUGUAGCAUAUUCCAUUGUGAACUAUAGAAGAUUUAUUUUUGCAUACUGAUGGAAUACUGUACUUCCAUGUUUCCUCUUACAUUUUAUACGUUGUCCGCUCUAUAAAGAGUUGUGUAUAUGUACCAUGCAACUGCCGUCAUAUUCUGUUUCCAUCUGCGGAUGUCCACUAGUAUGUGACUUGAUAAUGGCAGUAUUCAUUUUUCUGUCAAUAUUAGACUGUAGUAGUUACAGCUUUGCACACUUGUUACAAUUAUAGCUUAUGCAAUGGAAAGUUAGAACAGGAGAAAGGCACAUUCGGCUCUCUGGUUCUUAGAAGAACACCUUCCCAGCAUUCCACUUGCCAGAGGAGCCCGAGAACUGAAGCUUCGGUUGCCAAUUGCAGAGUUAAUAAUCCGUUUUUUUUUUUUCCCCCGAACCUACAUUUUUUAAUGCUAGGAUCACAAAGUAUUAUUGGAGUUAUUUAUUAAUUGCAUGACUAUUGCCUUGUUCAUUGUCCGCGCAAGACAAUGUAUUCUUAUGCAGGACACCAUUAUUAAACAAAUAAAUAAAUUGUCGCGUACGGUUCACUUUAUGUAAGAUACAAUAGAGGUCCGUGUGAAUAAAUAUGUUGGAAAAAUGUGAAUUUGUACAAACGUAUACAGGCUAAUGCCAUUGGUUUUAUGUAAAUGACAUGUAAAGAAAAAACAAAACAUUCCAGCCCACAUGUGCAAUAUGUAAAUAACUGUAAAUAGGCCAUAUAUAAUAAAGUGUUUGUUUUUAUACA